GCAAAGAAAAAAAGCAAACAAUACAUUUUUUAGCCCGAAAAAAGCUAGUUUUACAGAAAGAUCUACCUAGUUCGUAGAGCAGAGCUGACAAGAUGACCGAUUCCAAGUAUUUCACAACUACCAAAAAGGGCGAAAUCUUCGAGCUCAAGUCCGAGCUGAACAAUGACAAGAAGGAGAAGAAGAAGGAGGCAGUGAAGAAGGUGAUUGCCAGCAUGACCGUCGGCAAGGAUGUGUCCGCCCUCUUUCCCGAUGUCGUUAACUGCAUGCAAACCGAUAAUCUGGAGCUUAAGAAGCUGGUCUACUUGUAUCUGAUGAACUACGCCAAGUCGCAGCCAGACAUGGCCAUCAUGGCAGUGAAUACGUUUGUGAAGGACUGCGAGGACUCCAAUCCGCUGAUCCGUGCCCUGGCCGUGCGCACGAUGGGCUGCAUACGGGUGGACAAGAUAACCGAGUAUCUGUGCGAGCCGCUGCGUAAGUGUCUGAAGGAUGAGGAUCCCUAUGUGCGCAAAACGGCGGCAGUGUGCGUGGCUAAGCUGUACGACAUAUCGGCCACCAUGGUAGAGGACCAGGGCUUCCUCGACCAGCUAAAGGACCUGCUGUCCGACUCCAAUCCGAUGGUCGUGGCCAAUGCGGUGGCUGCCCUCAGCGAAAUCAACGAGGCCAGCCAGUCGGGACAGCCGCUGGUAGAGAUGAACUCAGUGACCAUCAACAAGCUGCUGACGGCCCUCAAUGAGUGCACAGAGUGGGGUCAGGUGUUCAUCCUGGACUCCCUGGCCAAUUACAGCCCCAAAGACGAGCGCGAGGCGCAGUCGAUCUGUGAGCGAAUCACGCCUCGUUUGGCCCAUGCCAACGCUGCCGUGGUUCUCAGUGCCGUCAAGGUUCUGAUGAAGCUUCUCGAGAUGCUGUCCAGCGACAGUGACUUCUGUGCCACGCUCACCAAGAAGCUGGCCCCGCCCCUGGUGACGCUGCUUUCCUCGGAGCCAGAGGUCCAAUACGUGGCCCUGCGCAACAUCAACCUUAUUGUCCAGAAGCGUCCCGACAUCCUCAAGCACGAAAUGAAGGUGUUCUUUGUGAAGUACAACGAUCCCAUCUACGUGAAGCUGGAGAAAUUGGACAUUAUGAUUCGUCUGGCCAACCAGAGCAACAUUGCCCAGGUGCUCAGCGAACUGAAGGAGUACGCCACCGAGGUGGAUGUCGAUUUUGUGCGCAAGGCGGUGCGCGCCAUCGGUCGUUGUGCCAUCAAGGUGGAGCCAUCGGCAGAGCGCUGUGUCUCUACCCUGCUCGAUCUCAUCCAAACGAAGGUCAACUAUGUGGUGCAGGAGGCAAUUGUCGUCAUCAAAGACAUCUUCCGCAAGUAUCCCAAUAAGUACGAGAGCAUUAUCAGCACCUUGUGCGAGAAUCUGGACACCCUGGAUGAGCCGGAGGCACGUGCCUCGAUGGUUUGGAUCAUCGGCGAGUAUGCCGAGCGCAUUGAUAACGCAGACGAGCUGCUCGACAGCUUCCUCGAGGGCUUCCAGGAUGAGAAUGCCCAAGUGCAGUUGCAGUUGCUCACGGCUGUGGUGAAGCUCUUCCUUAAGCGUCCAUCGGAUACCCAAGAGCUGGUGCAGCACGUCCUCUCGCUGGCCACCCAGGAUUCGGACAAUCCCGAUUUGCGCGACCGUGGAUUCAUCUACUGGCGUCUGCUCUCCACAGACCCGGCCGCCGCCAAGGAAGUUGUGCUGGCGGACAAGCCUCUCAUCUCGGAGGAAACGGAUCUGCUGGAGCCGACGCUGCUAGACGAGCUCAUCUGUCAUAUCAGCUCGCUGGCCAGCGUGUACCACAAGCCACCAACGGCCUUUGUGGAGGGACGAGGAGCUGGCGUACGUAAAUCUCUGCCAAACCGCACGGCUGGAGCCGGCGUAAGCAGCGGGGCAGGAGAUCAGCAAGAGCCGGGAGCCGGAUCGGAGGCCAUGGUCAUACCCAACCAGGAAUCGCUGAUUGGGGAUCUGCUGUCUAUGGACAUCAAUGCCCCCGCCAUGCCCGCCGCGCCAACCGCUACAAGCAAUGUGGAUCUACUAGGCGGUGGCUUGGACAUACUGCUGGGUGGCCCACCAGCUGAACCAGCCCCGGGCGGCGCCUCCAGCCUGCUUGGCGACAUCUUUGGCCUGGCUGGCACCUCCCUUUCUGUGGGCGUUCAAAUCCCGAAAGUCACGUGGCUGCCAGCUGAGAAGGGCAAGGGCCUGGAGAUCCAGGGCACUUUCUCCCGCCGCAACGGUGAAGUCUUCAUGGACAUGACGCUCACCAACAAAGCCAUGCAGCCGAUGACGAACUUUGCCAUCCAGCUGAACAAGAACAGCUUUGGCCUGUCGCCAGCCUCCCCUCUGCAAGCGGUACCCUUGCCACCCAACCAGAGCGCCGAGGUGAGCCUCGCCCUGGGCACCAACGGACCCAUCCAGCGCAUGGAGCCGCUGAACAACCUUCAGGUGGCGGUGAAGAACAACAUUGACAUCUUCUACUUUGCCUGCCUGGUGCACGGCAAUGUGCUGUUCGCUGAGGACGGGCAGCUGGACAAGCGGGUCUUCCUCAACACCUGGAAGGAGAUACCGGCCGCCAACGAGCUGCAGUACAGCCUGAGCGGCGUCAUCGGCACCACCGACGGCAUCGCCUCCAAGAUGACCACCAACAACAUCUUCACCAUUGCCAAACGCAAUGUCGAGGGCCAAGACAUGCUCUACCAGUCGCUGAGGCUGACGAACAAUAUCUGGGUGCUGCUGGAGCUGAAGCUGCAGCCGGGCAAUCCCGAUGCCACGCUCAGCCUCAAGUCGCGCUCUGUGGAGGUGGCUAACAUCAUUUUCGCCGCCUACGAGGCCAUCAUCCGCUCGCCUUAAACUCAAAGCAAUCGAAACAAGAUAUCCAUGAGCCACAGAACCGUUUCUUAAUGUUUUCUGGAGGUGUUACACUAGAUAACACAAGCAAAUUGUAGUCUACGUAUUAUAUUAUAGCUACUACUAUUAUUGCAUUGUGUGUAUUGGGAGUUCCGAAUUGUUCACGCACCUAUAUAUAACAAAUUGAUAUAUGUAAUACUAAUCCUAAUGAAAGACGCGAGAAGAAGAAAUGUUAAUUGUUAUGAAACGUUGCAUGCUCCGUAGAAACCCAAUCCAAUCGAUGCCGGAGCGUCAUUUAGCCGCAUUCCAAAAUCUACAAUAACCCCCACAACAAACCCAAUGCAUGCAUCUAAGUAUAUGUAUGUGUCCUAGUAAAAAUGUAUGACAUAUGUAUAACACUAAAUAAUCGAAACUUUAA